AUGUUUUUAAAUUAUAACGGUGAUCAACGUGUUCCCAAUAUAUUCACCAAAAACACUGCUGCGGUGCACGAAGAGCCAUCUGAAGUUUCAUGCGAUCUGCACAAUGGUGGUGAUGAUGAUACUGAAGUUAUCGCUUUGAUCGAUGAUCUAGACUACGGGGUGGAUUCGGAUUCGUUAAGUUCAUCCCAACAGAGCAACUAUUCACUGUCAUCGGCUGGUUCCGAUGACUCCAAUCAACCGUCUUCAAAUGGCCUAUUGCUGAGGCAUUCUGAUGACGGCCUAAGCUUCGCACACCCCACAAGCUUUGAGGAGGUUAUGACCUUCUCAACAAGGAGUGUUGAUUCCCUGACCACAAGCAGCAGGCUGCACCGACACCCACGUAAGCGACGAUCUGCACCCAACUACUACCGGUUGAAUCCACAACCGCGACGUAUUGGUGUUACGCCGAGGACAUCGACUUUGUCCGCAGAUGCCCGCAGUUCGUCAUCGAUGUGGAAACGAAAACGUGCA